GAAGUUUAUGCUUGUGAUCAUGACCGUUGCUGCAAUGGCGGCGAUAUUUACGAAUGUCGCUGAGGCGACAGAGUUCAUGGUGGGGGACGACGAGGGAUGGGCAAAGGGGGUUAAUUAUACUGCUUGGACGGAGGGCAAAGAGUUCUUCGUUGGAGAUACCAUCGUCUUUAUGUAUGACCAAGGAGCUCACAACGUCUACAAAGUAACCGGCCCUGAGUUCCGCUCUUGCCAGGUCCCUAAGAACGGACAGGCCUUGAGCUCCGGCAACGAUGCCGUAAAGCUCGUCACCCCAGGAAAGAAAUGGUACAUCUGCGGUUUCCCUGGACACUGCGACGGCGGCCAGAAGGUCAUUAUCAACGUGCAGGUGCGGUCCGAUACUUUGCCUUCGCCUGGGCCCACUGCUCCUGAGACAGGCGCCGGUUCGAGCAUUUCUCCGACCUCCGUCGUCUUGUUUGCUGUGCUUGCAUUCUUGACGAGGGUUUUCAUGUGAAACAAGGAUGGAGACUUGUCGUUAGGUUAAGGAUUUUAUUGUGCUUGUAACAAGAACCAUAUGCAUCUUGUUGGAGCAAUUCUUUACCCGUGUUAUCAUGCUGGCUUAUGCUAUUAUGUGUGUAUUUUAAUAUUUUUCUUCCUUUUCCCCUUUUGAAUA